ACCCACCAUCGCAUAUCUACCCAUCUCUAAUGCCCCACGUGCUUCGUAAACAUUUAACAUGUUUAAACCGUGAAUAAAUAUUAAAAUUUAGAAAAAGCGGACUAAAACACAGGAAAAAUGACUCACCUGCAGGCAGAAGAAAAGGAGGUCGAGUCUCGCGGAGCAUUUAAGGAGAGCAGUCGCAUCUUCCGACGAAAUCGAGCGCUGGGCUAUGUGAGCAACCAGGUUCCAGCAGUAACGCGGUACGUCCAGCGCCGCCGGGACACGCUGCUGAUCACCUGCAUCGGACGCUCCUUCCAAGUGUACACCGCCAGCCACUUACGACUGUUGCAUGUGAGCGGUCUGCAUCCGGAUGAGAUCACGGCACUAGCUACCGAUCGCCUGCAUACUUACACGGCCAGCAACAAGUGCAUCUAUGCGUGGCGGGCGGGCAAGCACAUUCGACAUGUCUACCGAGGCCAUCAGAAGGAUGUCCACCUACUUCUCCCCUUUGGAUCUAGCCUCAUAUCCAUAGACAGAGACAAUGUCUUGAGAGUGUGGAGCAUUCCCACCGAGGAUGUCUAUUUGGAAGUACCAUUUCGGAUUGAGGAGUUCAAGAUCACGGCUGUUGCCCAUCCGCCCACCUACAUCAACAAGAUAGUGCUGGGCUCCCAGCAAGGACAGCUAAAAAUUCUGAACAUCAAAAAGAACACCGUGGUCUGUACCUUGAACCACCACGAGAGCAGGAUAACCUGCAUUGAAACUGCUCCAGCUUUAGAUGUGGUGGCAGUGGGAUAUGGCGAUGGAUCCAUUCAACUCAUCAACCUAAAGUUUGACGAGGUGUUGAUGGGUUUUAAGCAGGACUGGGGUCAGGUCACCAGUCUGGCGUUUAGAACAGACGGACCCCCUAUUUUGGUGUCUGCCUGCAGCAAUGGGUACAUGGCCUUUUGGAACCUGGAGGAGAGAAAGCUAGCCGGACAGCUGCAUGCCCACGAGGACCAGGUUACCACCGCUAUUUGCCUGCCGAGCGAGCCGGUUGUUUUCACCACCUCGCCGGACAACUCGAUGAAGCUAUUCGUGUUCGAUAUGCCAGACGGUGGAGCCAGGCAGCUGAGGAUCCGAGAGGGACACACGAAACCGCCCCUGUGCAUCCGUUACCAUGGAAACUCGGGGGUAUCGAUACUUUCCUCUGGCGAAGACAGCACUCUGAGAGUGUUUUCCACCCUAUCCGAGUCAUUGAACAAAAGCAUGGGCCGCGCCAGCUAUAAUCCCAAGGCCACAAAAACCAAGAAUCGCUUCCAGUACGACAAGAACAUUAUGCCGCCCAUUGUGGAGUUCACCUCGGACACCACCCGGGAGAAGGAGUGGGACAACAUCGCCGCCAUUCAUACUGGCAUUAUCCAGACCACCACAUGGACAUUCGACAAGAACCGCAUGGGCCAACAUCGCUUAGUGCCGCAGCAAUUCCAAAACAAAAAUCGCACAAACUUCCUCAACGAGACCACAUGCAUCGUUUUGACGCACUGCGGCAACUUCGCGAUCAUUGGCUACAGCAGUGGCGACAUUGAGCGCUUCAACAUCCAGUCGGGCAUUCAUCGGGCCAGCUAUGGUUCUCCGGGCCACAAGAUGGCAGUCCGUGGCCUGGCAACUGACAAUCUAAACCAGUGCGUCAUUUCCGGUUGCUCCGAGGGCCUGCUCAAGUUCUGGCCUUUUAAAGGAAAGGUUGACAAGCCCCUAGCCGUUCUCCGGUUGGCAGACGGCAUUGCCCUGAUGCGGCAACAUCGCGAGAGCUCCAUGCUGGCCAUCGGUCUGGAGACUUUCAAAGUGUUCGUCGUGGACAUGCACACACGGGUGAUAGUGCGCAAGUUCUCGGGUCACACGGCCAAGCUGAACGACAUGACCUUCAGUCCGGACAGUCGCUGGCUGAUCACAGCCGCCAUGGACUCCACGAUCAAGGUGUGGGACAUACCCUCGGCCUACAUGGUGGAUCAGUUCCGGGUGGAGCGUCCCUGCGUGUCACUCACCAUGUCCCCAAACGGUGAUUUUCUGGCCACAGCUCACGUGAAUCUGCUGGGAGUCUAUCUGUGGGCCAACAAAACUCUCUUCAAUCAGGUAUCCUUGCGCUCCAUCGAUCCUAACGAGCCUGCCCCAUACGUGGGACUGCCCACCAAGGUGUGCGAUGCCUUGGAGCUGGAAGAUUGCCUGCAAGAGCUGGAGAUCGACGAAGAUGCUGACGAAGGGGAACUAGUAGAUGCCAAAUACGAGACACCAAGCCAGCUGUCGGAGGAGCUUAUUACGCUGUCCGGAUUGGCUGCCUCUCGUUGGCAAAACCUCCUCGACUUGGAACUCAUUAAGCAGCGCAACAAGCCGAAAGCCCCUCCCAAGGCUCCCAAGCAGGCGCCAUUCUUCCUGCCCACCGUUUCCGGUCUGGAGCUGCGCUUCGACGUGGAAAAUGGUCACAAAGCGGAGGAUGGUUCUCACUUCCGCCAGGCCACCACUUUAAAUAACUUGACUGCCUUCGGAAAACUGCUCGAGCAAACAGCUAGCAGCGGAGACUACGCUCCGGCUGUCCAACACAUAACUCAGCUGGGUCCUUCGAUGGUAGACUUUGAAAUUAAGUCGAUGCACCCCGACGCUGGCGGCACUCUGCUCGCCAUGCUGCAGUUCAUCAAGAUGAUCGAGUUCAUGUUCGGGAGCAACCACAACUUCGAGCUGGCCCAGUCCUACUUGAGUGUCUUCCUGAGAUCGCACGGCCUGGGGCUCACUGACUCUCCGGAACUGGUGAAGGCGCUACGCAGUGUCUCCAAAGUGCAGGAGGAUGCAUGGCAGCGGGUGGAGGAGAAGCUUAUUUAUGGGACGGGGGUUGUGGCGGCACUUCGAAACUUUGCGCAUUAGUUUAAGAGAAUAGUUGCAAUUACAUUUGAAGCUGCGUCCUUGAAUUUUUGUAAAUAAAUUUACAAAAUAUUUUAA